UUCAUAAAGAACGUGUUGUAAAUUAUUGGCCAUGUGAUUUUCGAAUGAAUUUUCUUUGUUUGAAUUUCUCAACAACGACAAGAUGAUAUUAAAUUCCAUAAUUCGAUCAUCAUUACCUCGAACAAAUAUUUCGAUGGUAUCCAAUCUAAUACAACAACAACAAAAACGUAAUCUUAAUCUUAUACCGAUUGUUGUUGAACAAACUGGCCGUGGUGAACGUUCAUAUGAUAUUUAUUCAAGAUUAUUGAAAGAAAGAAUUGUUUGUUUAAUGGGACCAAUCAAUGAUACAUUAUCAUCGUUGGUUAUUGCUCAGCUUUUAUUUUUACAAUCGGAAUCAAGCAAAAAACCUAUUCAUAUGUAUAUUAAUAGUCCGGGUGGUGUUGUCACUUCAGGAUUAGCCAUCUAUGAUACAAUGCAAUAUAUUUUACCACCAAUUGCAACAUGGUGUGUUGGACAAGCCUGUUCAAUGGCUAGUUUAUUAUUAACAGCCGGUACGGAAAAUAUGCGUUAUUCAUUACCACAUUCACGGAUAAUGAUACAUCAACCACAUGGACAGGCAGCUGGACAAGCAACCGAUAUUCAAAUUCAAGCAGAAGAAAUAUUAAAAUUAAAAAAAUUAAUCAAUAAUCUUUAUGCAAAACAUUCUGGUUUAGAUUUAUCAACUGUUGAAUCAUAUAUGGAAAGAGAUAAAUAUCUUAAUCCAGAAGAAGCAAAAGAAUUAGGAUUAAUUGAUAAUAUUCUAUCACGGCCAUUAUCAAAUGUUCAACAACAAUCGAAUCGAAAAGAUGAAAAUGGAAAUUCAAAAUGAUCGACAAUAGAUGGCAUUGCAUCGCCAUAAUAUCAUCGAAUUAUUUUUUUUUCAU